AUGAAAAAUGCUCUCCCACAGAAGAUGAUAACCAUGAUAUCAUCUAAUUAUUCAUCAUGUGGCCUUGGCUUUCUCAAAAUAAAUCCAACACAUCCGCAAUCAAAUACCCAUUGUUGUGUUUCUUGUAAUCUUCAGCAUAUAAAUCCCAAUAACAACAAUAAAAAUGGCUGCUUGCCCACCACCACAAGAAGAAGAGACCUGUUAACUAUACUCACUGUAACACCAACAUUAUCUAUACUUACACCCACCACCACCAACACAUGGGCUCAAACAGAUGAUAAUAAUGAUGAUUUUUUAGAGCUUAAAACAUACACUGAUGUCAAUCAAGGGUUUACACUUCUCAUUCCUGCUUCUUGGACUAAGGUUGAAAAAGCAGGGGCAACAGUGUUGUUUGAGGAUCCAAGUAAAGGAAGUAACAACGUGGGUGUUGUAGUCACACCUGUUCGUUUAAAUAAGUUAAGUGAGUUUGGUGAUCCUCAAUUUGUUUCUAAUAAACUCAUUCAGGCCGAGAAACGCAAGGAAAGCACAAAAGAUGUAGAAAUCGUGUCGUUUAAGGAGAGACCAGGCCAAAAGAAAGAUAUACAAGUGUAUGAGUUCGAAUACAAAUUAGAUAGCACAAGGGGAGGGUUAAAGACAAUAUUUUCAGCUGCAUUUGUGGCCUCAAAGAAGCUCUACCUCUUAAACAUAGCUCACUCAGACAACCCUCAACAACCUAUGAGUAAUCAUAGACGGAUGAUGUUGGAACAAGUUCUUCAUUCCUUUGAUGUCUUGACACCAUCUUCCACAACAACCUUUAACACACAAGUAUAACUUCACAUGUAUUGUGUUUGAGUGCAUUCUAUUUUAAUUUGCCUCGGGUCUAUGUUCUCAUUAUGUAAAGUGAUUUGGAAGAAAAUAUGUGCAAGGUAAAAAGCACCUGAUCCUUGAAUAUUUUUGAGAUUUUUCUUAAAAAGAAUUGCCCAUUGGAAUCGGUCAAUC